AUGCAACCGGCGAUGGGAUACAUAAGACAGCGCGAACCAUCUGAUACCGACGGAGAAGCGCAUGUCAAUAUGCCCAUUGAUCCUGAAGAGUAUACCCAUUGGAAACGCGCCCAAACUUCAAGUUCAACCGCCGUAGACAGUGACGACGAGCGUUCCGUCUUGGGGAUGUCUUCGAACUAUGACCCCCUCCCAUCACCGACCCUGAUUGAGACUGCGUCGCUACUCUCCGACAGCACUUCCAGAGGCUCUUACCACACCUGUAACAAAAUAGACGCCGCCGUCACCGGACGUUCAAGCUCCCAACGCACGCCGUCGACGAUAUACAUCAUUAUAUUGGCCAGCGUGACGGGUGCCGGUGCUGUUGUUGGCGCCUUAUCAGCUCCUAUGUCGGUCAGAUCAGCACUCAGGAUGGUUGGAUUCCGCCCUGGUGGUAUCGCUAAAGGAUCGUGGGCCGCCAGAUGGAAAUCAAGAAUUGGCGACGUUGCUGCGGGCUCACUCUUCUCCGUGGCGCAGGCUAUCAUGGCCGGCUCAAGCCUGCCCAUGUCAUGGUAUGCUGCUGCAACUCUUGUCGGUGGACUCUUCGCGAUCGGGCUGUAUGUCAUGCUAUUCUUCCUUAUGAGGAAGUGGGUGGACCGCAGGUUCUGA